CAGGAGAACGAGAGAGCAGCCAUGGCUUCUGCUUCUUACAUGGAGGAUUUGACUUGUUCUAUCUGUCUGACUAUCUUCACUGAUCCGGUGAGCCUUCUCUGUGGCCACUCUUUCUGUAGAGAAUGUAUCACCAACUCUCUUAGCAUAAAGGACCAGUGUCCACAGUGUCGGACAACUGUUCCAAAAGAGGAGAAAUAUCUCCCAACCAGCCACAUUCUGAAAAGCCUUGCUGACAAAGCUAAAGAAGCUGAGAAGAUUAAGAGAGAACAGGGAGAUGAGACCACAGGGGUUUCUGAGUCUUUGUGCCCUGAGCAUGAAGAAAAGCUGAAACUGUUCUGUGAAACAGACCAACAGUUAGCCUGCGUCAUAUGCCGAGAUGGGGAGAGGCAUGAUGGACACAAAUUUAAACCAAUCAGAGAAGCAGCUACAUCUCUGAGGCGGGAGCUGGAGAAGGGUAUGGAGCACCUUUCUGAUGACAUCGAGGCCAUAGAGAGCCUAGCCAAUACACAGAGAGAAGAAAUAACAAAAACCCAUGUGAUGUCCCAGCAGCUGAUGACCCAAAUCAGCACCCAGUUUGAGGAGAUGCAUCAGUUUCUGAGACAGAGAGAAGAGGAGAUAAAGAAUGAGCUAAAGGAGAAAAAGACAGAGGCUGUAGAGGAGAUGACUGAGAAGUUUAAGGCGAUGGACCUGGCUUUGUCUGAGAGUAGAGAGCUGCAGGUGAAGGGGACAGCAACUCUGGAAAUUUGCGACUCAGUGAAGUUCUUGCAGAGCUGGACUGAAGUGAACAACAUGCUGACUCCAGAGUGUUUGUUCAGGCCCAGAGCAAAUGAUCUGCAGGUGGUCCACACUUCUCUCAGUUUGGGUCCUUACGAAAGUCACCUGCAGUUCUUUGUGUGGAAGGAGAUGCUUCAGGUGGUCAAGCCCCGGGCAGAACUGCUCUCACUGAGGAAAAAUACAGAUGUAACUGUGUCUGAUGACAGACGCAGUUUGCUUUGUGCUCCCAAAAGCAGCCAAUCUCAAUCAGGUUCAUUAUUUGGCCAAACCACAGGACCUUAUGGAUUUGGUUCAGGAAUAUUUGGGUCUUCCUCUACCUUUGGAUUUGGUUCAGCCCAAGACACAGGAACAUUUGGGUCUUCCUCUACCUUUGGAUUUGGCUCCACCCAAGACAAGGGACUAUUUGGAUCUGGCUCAAAUUUUAUGGCACAUGAAGACAGUUCUUUUGUAAAAAUGGGGGCUAUGAAGACAAAUCAUGCAUUCAGUUUCAAUGAGUUCAGCUCAGGGAAGCAUUACUGGGAGACAGAGGUUGGACUAAGGAAUUACUGGGAAUUAGGGGUGAAAGGUCAUUUCCUCAAGUAUGAUGGCCAAAAAUAUGUCAUCUCCAAUCAGUCUUCACUAACAGAGCUAACAUUUACAGAUAGACCUCGAAAGAUUGGGAUUUACCUAAACUGCUCUUCCAAGGAGCUUUCCUUCUACGAUGCAGACAAGAUGAAACAUGUUCAUACUCUGAGCUCAAGUCUCAUGUCCCUGCCAGUGUCAGCUUAUUUUAACAUUGGACCCAGUGAGGACAUACAUCGUAACCCUCUGACAGUGUGCUGGUACUGAGCAGAGGGGCCACCAGGAAAUCCUUAGUAGUAUACUUGUGGAAUUUGGGUCCGAAAUUCAAUGUCUGGUUUCCAAUAAUGCAAAAUGAACUAAUGCUAAUGCUAAACAGUUGCUAAAUGAAUAAAUAAAAUAAAAAAAAAACAUACAAAAAAACAAACAAAAAAAAAAAAAAAAA